AUGACACCAGAAGAUGUCACUGAUAAGGAGGAGCUUUACUUUGAAAAGAAAACUGCAGAUGGCAGAAUAGUUCUCACUGAAGAUGCUGCGUAUGAAGCUACAGCUUUUGCCUAUUCCUCACCCAAAAAAUGGUAUAUCCUCACAGUUAUUGCAUUUAUCCAAUACUCUAUGAAUUUUAACACAUCUGUCUAUUCAAACGCCGUCGAAGGCAUGUCAGAAGAAUGGAACAUCUCUCAACAAGCAGCUCGUGUAGGACAGAUGAUAUUCCUUGUUGCUUAUGCUUUCGGAUGUGAAUUAUGGGCACCAUGGUCAGAAGAAUACGGUAGAUGGCCUGUAUUACAACUAUCACUAUUCUUCGUUAAUAUCUGGGCAUUAAUGUGUAGUCUAGCGCCAAACUUUGGGACAAUGGUCGUUGGCCGCUUCUUGGGUGGGCUCUCCUCGGCUGGUGGAAGUGUCACACUUGGCAUGGUUGCUGAUCUCUGGCCUGCUGAAACACAACAAUAUGGACUAAACUAUGUCGUACUCAGUAGUGUUGCUGGUAGUGCAAUUGGUCCGAUCAUUGGAGGUAUGUCAAAAAAGUACUAUCGGAUUUCAGCUGACAUGUUUAGGUGGACCUUCUGGAUUCAGUUGAUUUGGGGAGGAGCAGCGCAAGUGAUCCACUUUUUCACAGUGCCUGAGACACGCUGUUCUAUCCUUUUAGAUAAGGAAGCAAAGAGAAGACGCAAAGAAGGAAGAACUUCAUACUAUGGUCCAAACGAGGUCAUCACUAAUCGCAUCACUGUUAAGAGUGUUUGUGACAUUUGGAUUCGUCCAUUUCGUAUGAUGGUUACUGAGCCCAUUGUUCUAUUUUGUUCACUUCUAUCUGGAUUUUCUGAUAUGCUAAUUUUCAUUUUCUUGGAAUCAUAUGGCCCUGUUUUCCAGCAAUGGGGAUUUGAAACAUAUCAAGUUGGUCUUGCAUUCAUUCCUAUCAUGGUCGCAUACUUUUUAGCAUGGGCUAUGUUCCUCCCUUGGAUCAGACGGGACGAACUUAAAAGACGAAAAGAUCCAAAUUCAGUCAAUCCAGAGAGUAGAUUGUUCUGGUUAGUCUGUACAGUGCUCUUAGAGCCUAUCGGAUUGUUCGGAUUUGCAUGGACAAGUUUAGGACCUUCGAGGUCAGUCCAUUGGUUUGGACCAAUGUUUUUUGCUGCAUUGAUUGGUAUAGCUAAUUACAACAUCUACAUGGCUACCAUAGAUUACAUGGUACUGGCUUAUGGUCCCUAUUCCGCUUCUGCAACAGGUAGUAAUGGGUUCGCAAGAGAUAUGCUUGCUGGUAUAUCAGCCAUGUUCUCAGUUCCAUUUUACGAAUACUUUGCAGAGCCAAACACGUUGACAUACCCUACAACUAUCUUGGCUUGCAUUGGUAUAGUCGUUGCAAUACCCGUCUUUUUCCUUUAUAAAUAUGGUCCACAAGUGCGCAAAGCAUCAAAAUUUGCGCAGGUCUUAGCAGCGGAGAAGGAGUCCACAGCUGUGAAGCAUCAAAUACGCGAAGAAAAAAGUCAUGUCAAGCAUACGGAGUAUGCAUGA